AUGGCGGGCAGCAGCAGCACGCCGCCGGUGGUUCGGCGACUGCCUGACAUGGCACCUCUGGUCGUCAAAGGAGUCAUGCUGUCGCGCCAGAAGGAGCUACCCAAGCUGCCCGUGCCGCCACUUGCGGAUACGCUGGAGCGCCUGUGGCUCUCGCUGAUGCCCAUACUGAGCGUGGAGGAACUCCAGGCCUCCCGAAAGGUGAUCGACAGAUUCGGUGAGAAAGGUGGUGAGGGUGAGUACCUGCACAGGAUGCUGACGUACCGGUACAAGCGUCUGGACAACUGGCUGGACGAGUGGUGGCUGAAUACGGCGUACCUGGACGUGCGGACUCCCCUGCCGGUGUACUCUAGCCCGGCAGCCAUCUUUCCCCGGCAGACGUUCAAUUCGGAAGAGGACUUCCUCCUAUUCGCUGCCAAGUUGACGGCUGCCCUACUGGAGUUCAAGGACCUAAUCGACAGGCAAGCGCUCCCUCCCGAUUUGAUGGGUCACCUGCCGCUGGACAUGACCAUGUACUUCAAGCUGUUUUGCAUGCACCGCGUGCCGAAACCCGGGCGUGACGUGCUCGUCUCGUACGCCGACGAGCCCGACUGUCCGCGCCACAUCGUUGUCAUACACAACAACCACAUGUUUCUGGUGAAAGCGUACAACGGUCGCAAGCCAUACAAGGAGCGCGACUUGUACCCUUUGCUGAUGUCGGUGGUAAACGAGUCGCGCACUCCGGCUCCACCUGUUGGCUUUCUCACCACUGAGGACCGGGACUCUUGGGCCACGGCCUGCGAGCGACUUCUCGCCGACGAGACCAACAAGAAGAGCUUGGAAGCGCUGCAACGGAGCAUACUGGUUCUGUGCCUGGACGAGCCGGCCGGUGAGACCGGAGAAUGGGAGGUGCGCUCCCCGCUUCACAUGCUCGUCGGCGGCGGGAAGGCCCAGUGCGCCGGAAACCGUUGGUACGACAAGACCGUGCAGGUCAUCGUCGGUGCCGAGGGUGACGUAGGUCUGGUUCUGGAGCACUCGCCCGUCGACGGCACUGUCGUGGUUCCCGUCAUGGACUACUGCUACACGUACAUGAAGAAGACGUCAAGGCACAAGCUUGACCCUCCGAGUUGCCCCGACGACAAACCCAUCAAAUUGGAGUUCAACCUCAGCAAGGAGAGCCUCGACGACAUCGCCGUGGCCAAGGCCAAAAUAGAAGAGUUGGCACAGGACGUGGACAUCCUUGAUCUCCGGUUCACGGAUUACGGCAAGGAAUUCAUCAAAUCAUGCCGUAUGAGCCCCGACAGUUUCGUCCAGAUGGCAUUCCAGCUGUCCUUCUUUCGGUUGCACGGCCACAGCCCGGCGACGUACGAGAGCGCGUCGACGCGCAUGUUCCUGCUGGGGCGCACCGAAGCCAUCCGGUCGCAGUGCACGGAGAGCGACAAGUUCUGCCGGGAGUACCUGAAGGGAACACUAAACAUGGCCGAAAAGGACGCUAUGCUCAGGAACGCCGCCGCCUCUCACAAGGAAUACGCCACGCGCGCUCUGUACGGCGAAGGAGUGGAUCGAGUGCUGCUCGGUCUCAAAAAAGUCGCAGAGGAAAUGAAUAGACCGCUGCCGGACCUCUACAGUGACCCCGGUUAUCUCAAGAGCAUCACGUACGAGUUGUCCACCAGCCAGGUGUCGGCGCACAACGACAUUCUCAUGUCAUUCGGCUACUCGGUUCCCGGAGGCUACGGAAUCUGCUACAACAACCAGAGCAGCCAUUUCCGCUUCAGCAUCUGCACGCGCCACUCCGACCAGGAGACUUCGGCGGCAAAAUUUCGCGACGCGCUGGUGACGACGCUCAAGGAGUUCGGCACCAACCUCACCACGCUGCAGAAGUGCAAAAUCUGA